CAUAUACCUUUUUUCCCCUCCAUUUACAGGCGGUUCUAUGGAGCAGAAGGAACACAAAACGCUGAACUGCCUCAUGGCCAAACAGCUGUGCGAUGAAGACUCGAACUGCUCCGCUAUCCUCAAGGUUAUUCCGACUCUCUGCGGCCCUGAGCUCGUGGCUUGCUCAACCGUGACCGUCUCCCGGUGCCAGGCAGCUCUCCGGACUCUGGUGAUUCACUCUUGGUUCCAGCCGACCUGCCUGUGCAAAGAGCCGAGGAUUGACCCCCAGUGCAACGCCUUCCGGGACCUCCUGUUCGACCAUCCUUGCGUCUUUGUCAACAGGAAGGAGGUGGACAUGCACCCCCUGGAGUACAUCCCGACGUGCGAGAGAGCAGCUGACAUCUGCAGCGACAACCCUUGGUGUAAACAAAGGCUGGACAUGUUUGUGUCGACGUGCAAGUUUCGCGAUGGCCAGUGUCGGAAUCCUGACAGGGAGGACUGUCUAAAGGCUUGGCUGCAGCUGCGAGAGACGCCCCUGCUGGGUUGUAUCUGCCCGGACGGCCAGGAUCGGAACUGCUCUCGCCUCUAUUCCCUCGUAAACGAAAACCCUUGUGUUGGCGAUACUUACAUUGGCCGUCUCGAAGCCAUGACCGCAGUGGCCAAGGCUGUCGAGACGCCUCUGGCCAAGCAAGUGUCCGUUCCCCCCGGGGCCGCCUCCCUCCUGGUCAUCUCAUCCUCUCACAAAGACCCUGUGUUCCCCAUCGCUACCAAUGUCCACAUCCAGAACAAUAAGCCAAGUUCCAAGUACGACCAUAGCUUGUCUCUGGAGAAGCUGAAGCACGUAGCUGGUACCUGUCAAUCUGCCUUGGAGGACUGUGUGUCAGACUCACCCUGUAGAAGUCACCUCGAGAUGAUCAGUGGUCAUUGUGACUCCACGAACUGCCACAAGCACGCAUGCAAGAGUGCUAUUCAAGACCUGUACAAGCACUUGCUGGAGACUAAUCAUAAACUGGCGCUUAAGAUCGGACUUUGUGUGUGCAGGGACACGGGAGAGCGCGGGCAGGAGGAGUGCCGACGUGCCCAGCGGCGCCUUCACCCCGAGUGCGCCGAGAUGACUGACUCCCUCUCCGUCAGCCAGUGCCACAACCUCGGGAGGGACUGCAGGAGUGACAGGAUCUGCAGGUACAGACUAGAACACUAUGAGCUUUCCUGCGCCGCCGAUACCAUGACGGGACGUUGCGCCGGCCAGCACCAGGAAUGCACAAAGGCUAUGCUGGGGCUCUUGGGGACGGAUCUCCACACGAACUGCGUGUGUAAAGGCAACUCUUUCCACGACAUGAACCACUGUCUCGCUUGGAAGAGACUGCUGUGGGGAAACCCUUGCGUCGUGGAAUCGCAAGUGACGUACCACUUGUCCCAGCUGGGUAUUAAGAGCGACGCUAUGGCACCUUCACUAGACGACAGCGGCGUGGAAAGAGGGAUACACGAUCAAGGGGACAACGCCUCGCCCCUGUACACCUCCGGGCGAAACAACGACCAGUACGACUCAGCCUACGACCCAAGCAACGACCCGGAUGUCGAGCUGCUGGAAUUAGGCGAGGGGGGCACACGACUCCAGGCGAGGAAAGUGGGCAGUACCCCCCAGAGCGACCACACUGUGCCCCACUAUGCUGGCGCCCCACCCAUGCUGCCCACCUCGCUCUCUUCGACUACGCUGCCCACCACCACCACGCUGCCCGAACGAUACUGCGAAGUGAAGCGAGAUACAAAGUCCCAUAUUAUAGAGGAAGGAAGCAGUAUGAGACUCUACAAGGAGGGGGAUAAUGACUGCUCAGAACUCUGCUUUUGUGAGAGAAACGAACAGACGAAGUGUAAAGUGCUGGACUGCGUGGAGAACCGCCCUUGUGAGACCGGGUUUGCCGUGUACAACCACAACGCACCCGCUUACCAGGCCUUCAGAGGGGAGUGCAUAUGCUACUCGGGAGACUUCAUUUGCAUGCGGCCGAAAAUGGGUGAAUACAACUUGACAACGGGUCUGUUCCUGCUCAUGGGAUUCAGCAAGACGGAGGAAGCACUGCUGAAGAAUGUGACAGGCGGGUCAGCUGUGGAUGCCCUACUGCCACUCCAGAAGAUCGUCAGGACUAUCUCAGCAGACAUGGGAGACGAGUGUCGACUGGAGCUGUCGCAACACACGACCGACAACCUGGUGCUUCAAGUGAGACAUUUCCAGGUGUCGCCAGGCAUUCGCAACAACACAUAUACGCUGUACAUGCUGCAGGAGGAAAGGAACAAGUGCAUCGGCGCUGUGCAGAAGGUGGCGGCCAUGAUCAACCGCCGCGACCCCAAGAUCCACCACGACGUGCGCCUGUCCGUCUUCGUGCUCGCCGAGGUGGUGGACAACGUGCCCAACCCACAGAGGAUCAGCGGCGCGCGCCCUUCACCUCGCGUCGCGGGCGUGGAGGCCUGGUGGUGGGCGUGCGCGACUGCCAUGGUCCUGGCGGCGUUCGGGAGAGAGCACACGAGCCGAGGAGGAAAGCUCUGCCACUUGUGAUACUGCUGAAGGGAAACCGCUUCCUAGAUAACCUCCUAUGUGUGGUUUCGGCUCAGCGGAGCUUGUGAUAAGCGAGAGGGGGGCGAGAGGCUGUGCGAAUAAGGAAAAGCUCUUCGAGAAGAGUUUGCGCUCUCCGCCGCCCACGAGAGGCGAGGCGGAGGCAUGCCAUGCGGAAGUGAGGUCCUCGCGGUCAGACUGUACAGACUCUCUUCCGUCGGCUUAGGCUCUGACGCCAUGAACCGUGACUGCGAACUGGUCAUGAUGUGCUUGCUUGCGUUCAAGACACGCCGCUGGAUGGUCAUGGCAUAUGGACCUGCGGACGGAAUCCACACCGGAGGCCGCCGCAGCCUGCUUCUGUUCGGUGUCACUCGUAGUUACGUGUUUAUGACCUGCAGUUGUGUGGUAACCUGUUAAUGACCCGCAACUGUGUGGCAACCGUGGGUGUGCUGCGCAAGUGUACGUGUGAGUGUGUUUGCAUAAUCUUUAUUUGUAUGUCUGUAGCCCGCAGGUGCGUGGUCGUGACCAACAGCUCCAACAAAACACAUUUGUGUCUGUCUCCAUUAGCUGCAGCUGCGUGACAGUAACAUGCACCUGUUUAGUCGUUGAUUUGCAGUUCUGUGGCCAGGUGCUGCAGCUGCAUGAUCACUGUCUAUAGCAAUGUUUCACGAUAUGCAGAUGUGUAGCCAAGACUCGUAGCAGUGUAGCCAUAACCUGCAGCUGUGUAUGCCACAAGUACUAAUCACAGUCCUUAUAUUAACGUUACAUGUGUUCUUGUUUCAUUAUGUAUGACUGCUAUGUCUGAUGUAGAGUUACUUGUCCAGAUAAGACAUAGGUGUAAGGAAGUUCCCCGCCGCCCGGUGUCAAACUACCUGUACAUAAUAGGAAUACUCCAUCUCUGGCAGUCCUGGCGUCAUCGCGAACUGUACAUAUUAAGGUUAAGUCAGAUUAUGAAAAGCUUUAAGAGGAGAAAACAGUCUGAAGAAGGAACAAUCCUUUCUCUAAAAAUACGAGAUGAAAGGUAAUAGCGACAUGAUAAUUGAGUUUUUGUAAUGUUUUUGGUUUGGCGUAAUUCGUUAAGAUAAUACGGUAAAAGAAUCAAAGUGAUGAAUUUAACCUCGUAACCCAAGUAAAUUUUUGCUUUCCAUUUUUUUAGAGCAAGGAAAGGAAUCUGUAAAUGAGACGAUAUAUAGGUGACAGAAUGCGUAAAUAAAUGCAUUUCAAACAUCUUUACGACUGUCUUCUCCAUAAAAAUGUCCGUCUGCUGGGCUGCUUGAGAUGUACCAGAAAAUCACACUAGUAGUACACCGAACUUGCUUAUUUUGUUGUCAGAUAGUGACUUGAUAGUGAUGAUGUUGAUGAUUUUAUUUGCUGGUGUUCGGUCUCUUUAGAUCUGCUGCGAAAACUGCCUUUUUCUUUCUUCUUCCUGCCUCCUCUU